AUGUCUUCGACUCCCGAAAAGUACGAGGAGAAGUACAUCGAGGAGACCGCCAUCGAGCACUCCAAGGGCGUUACCGACGUGACUGAGCUUGAGGCUCAGCAGGUCGACGUUAAGAAACUGAUCCGCAAGAUCGACUUCCACCUUGUCCCUUGGCUUGCCCUCCUUUACCUUCUGUCUUUCCUCGACCGUUCCAACAUCGGAAAUGCGAAGAUCUUCGGCCUUGAGAAGCAUCUUCACAUUAACUCGACUCAGUAUGGAGCCUGUCUCGCUAUUUUCUUCGCCUUCUACGUCCUGUUCGAAGUUCCCUCCAACAUGGUCAUGAAGGCCUGGCGCCCCUCCAUGUGGCUUCCGAUCAUUAUGGUUGCCUGGGGUAUUGUCAUGAUUGGAAUGGGUUUCGUUAAGAACUUUGCCGGUCUCAUGGCCACCCGUGUCUUCCUGGGUGCUACCGAGGCCGGUCUCUUCCCUGGUGUCUCCUUCUUCCUGACCCAGUGGUACCGCAAGUAUGAGAUCUCCUGGCGUAUCUCGCUCUUCUUCUCCGCCGCCACCAUCGCCGGUGCCUUCGGUGGUCUCCUGGCCCGUCUCAUCAAUCUCAUGGACGGCAUCCAGGGCUACGAGGGCUGGCGCUGGAUCUUCAUCCUCGAGGGUAUCCUCACCGUCGUCGUGGCUCUCGCUUCCUUCUUCACCAUGUACGACUACCCCGGCACUGCCAAGUUCCUCACCGACGCUGAGCGUGUGGUGAUUGUCGAGCGCCUCCACCUCGACAACGACGGUUGCUCGCACGAGUUCAAGUCCAAGUUCAUCUGGGACGCCUUCACCGACUGGAAGGUCUGGUGCCAGGCUAUCAUGUUCCACGGCUCCCUCUGCCCCGUUUACACCUUCUCGCUCUUCGCCCCUACCCUUACCCAGAACCUCGGUUACACUGCUGCCAUGGCCCAGCUCAUGUCCGUUCCCCCUUACGUCGCCGCCGCCUUCGUCACGCUCGGCACAGGUUACCUCUCUGACAAGAUCCAGAAGCGUGGUGUCGUCAUCAUCGGCUGCUCCUGCAUCGGCGCCGUCGGCUACAUUCUUCUUCUCGCCGACGCGUCCCACGGCUCUUCUUACUUCGGCCUCUUCCUCGCUGCCAUGGGCGCUUACCCCCUUGUUCCCCUCAUCAUGGCCUGGGGUGCCAACAACUGCGGCGGCUCUCUCAAGAAGUCGGUCGCCACCGCUAUCAUCGUCUCCGUCGGUAACCUUGGUGGUAUCGUUUCCUCUUUCAUCUACCCCAAGGAGGACGGCCCCCGCUUCAUCAAGGGUCACGCCGUCUGUCUCGCUUACCAGGGAGCUGUCAUCAUCUCCGCCACUGUCAUGUGGGUUUACUGCUCGUACGCCAACCGCCAGCGUGCUGCCCGCAACGCUGCGCGUGGCCGUGACUACACUCCUGAGGAGAAGCUCGAGCUCCAGGACCGCGGAGACCACGUCGACUGGUUCACGGUGGCAAGAGCCUUGUGGGCGUCCGGGUGCGAGCUCGGCAGUGCCGAACAUGAACAUCAUGAGGAAGUAGGGAGUGGACGGUCUGUGCGGAGAGCCCAGCUCGAGCCUGGUCCCAUGCCCGAUCUCAAGCUCGAGCCCGAAAUCAAAGUCAGACAUGAAAAGUCCAAAGCGCCACACUCCCCCACUCUAUACUGGGCCCAAGCGUACCGGACUGUCGGUUUACAAGGCCUGGGUGGGGGCGCCGCCCCCCGCAAGGCCCAGGCGCGUGCGAAGCACGCUGUGCGCCAUGCAGCGAUCUUGCGAUCUCGCGCAGGACGAGAUCAGUGCGCCGCACUGCAAUCUGAAGGCUCGGCAAUGCAGCGCUCCGUCGGCCAUGGCGUCGACCUCGCCCUUCCUCGGACGGGAGACAAUGAAACUGGGGCGGUUGUCGUUAUCCGGGCGUUCUCCGCACUACGGCUCCGGCACUACGGCUCCGGAGACGGCGUGGGGCGUUGA